AUGUCUCCCUCCCCAACGAUACCGCUUUUCCACGCCGAGCGACCACUGAAACGACGGCGAGCCAACUCGUUCGACCAAGCACCGUCGGCACCGCGUGUUCUAUCUCCUGCUCCCGCUCCCGCUCCUGGCCCAUUGUCAGCUCUCACCACGCCCCCACUUUCCAAACCCAACAAGCCCUACUACCGGCCCAUACCUCCACCCCUCCACCCCCUCUCCGCCCCUCCCACCAGGCCCAUCGCCUUCCAACAACCGCUGCAUCUCACCUCCUUUUCCUACUCCCCCACUCGUCAACUCUUGCUGACCCCUCAAGACCGAGAUGCUUCCCUGGCGGUGUACACUCCUCCUAGGAUAGGCACUGAUUUAAAUACGGGCUUUGAGCAGGCCGUCUGGAGGGAUGAUUCAGGGGAUGAAGGGCUCGAUGCCUUGUUGGACACGCAAGUCUUUUUCUUCGGGGCUAGGGCCUGGAGGUGGAAUUUUUUGACUGACUUGCAGCUCCACGUGCAGACUCCAACACUACGUCGAGUCCGAUCCGACAGGAGCAGCGGGGGAGAUGCUCGACAAGGUCAACAUCAUCACUUGGAGGGGGAUGAUCACCAAACUAUUGCUCGCCGUGUACGAGGUCGAAGCGGCACACAACGACGCUGCCAAUUCAAGAAGGACACGAGCCGAAGGAUGGGAGAUGAACCUCAUGCUAUUGGGCGUGGGUUCGGGCAUGCGUCAUCAGGAGAGCGAUUGGACUUGUAAUUCAACUAAUCUUGGUCAACAUUGUCGGGUGCACCAGAAUACUCUCUAUCUCGAAGAAUCGAAAACGCCCGCCCGGCUCGAGGCCAAAGCCGCUUCGGAAAAGUCUUACCUCCGACAAUCCUACUACGGCUACUCCUUCGAAGCCUUCUCAACCCGAUCACCCCAAUCUACCUCUUCUUACACGAACCCCACUUUCGAACCCCCGAACACGAAUGUGCAAUGGUGUUCGAUCGUCAAGACCAAUUUGGGAGGGUUUAGGAUGUUCCUUGGUGGGGAAGUCGAUUGUCUUCGUGCGGGGUGGACGGAAGCCGAUUCCAUAAGGACGGACGAUUUUGUCGAACUCAAAACGAAUAUAGUCAUUUCGAGUCAGAGGGAUGAGAUGAUGUUCGAGAGGUGAAUAGGGGGAUGUUGGUUGUUGCAUGGGUCAGCAAGUGCUGAUGAGCUUCGUCCCUUCGAUCGUCAACAGGCAAAAACUCCUCAAGCAUUAUACCCAAUCAUGUGAGUCCUAAAGGUCUCGUUUGACAGGCUUCCCAUGUCCCACGGACCUGACUCGCUGAUACCGUUUUUCUCGAACACAGUCCUCCUCGGCGUCCCAACCAUCAUCGUAGGUUUCCGCACCCGUACCGGCCAUCUGUCGGCUCUGCAGUCCUUCAAGACACUCGAGAUACCUCGAUUGCACGUCGCGUAAUAUUUUAUACCUCCUCGAAUCGGUGUGACACCAGGCCUCGACCGAUGUAUGCUGAUUAGCUCGCGUGUCACCUUUGCAGAGUCCGAAACAAACCCCACGCCUGGUCCCCAACGACCUCCCUCACAUCAGCGUUCGAUCUCAUCCAAUUCAUCAUUUCCACCCUUUCAUCCGACGAGAACAACCAAGCAGCCGAAGAAGAGUUCAAAGUCAAUGGGAAGAUCCCUGAGCAGGAAUGGCCGGUUUGGAGGAUGAGGUUCAGGCCUUUGGAAGAAGGACGAGGAGGUGGAGGUGUUUUGGAACUUGUGCAGUUGACGGGAGGCGUGGUUGAAGAGGAGGUUUUAGGGGGAAAGAGGAAGGAGGAGAGGGUGGGCUUUCUAUUGAAGCGCUGGGUCGAGGGGCUGGGGAGGAGGGGAGCGGGCACGGGGGCAUGA